UCUUAGGUGUGGGAAUUAAGGUCAGGACUGGCAGGUGCAGGACUUGCCACGGCCAUGCUCCUUAAUCCUGGCAGUGCUGAGCAAGGCCUUGCAUCCCAGCCCCCUGAUCCAGCCAGCUGUCUGACUGUGAGUCAGGAUGGCAGAGGAAGGUGAUGUGGACGAGGCGGAUGUGUUCCUGGCAUUUGCCCAGGGUCCCUCCCCUCCCAGGGGUCCCGUGCGACGUGCCUUGGACAAGGCUUUCUUUAUCUUCUUGGCCCUCUUCCUGACACUGCUGAUGCUGGAGGCUGCUUAUAAGCUGCUGUGGUUACUACCAUGGGCAAAGUUAGGGGACUGGCUCCUGGGGACACCUCAGAAGGAGGAGGAGCUGGAAUUGUGACUACCUUUCCUAUAAACAUCUUCUUUCCCCACCAAGGAGGUGAGAGGGGAGACAGGAGGGAAAUGGGAGUGUUGGGGGCUAUGGAGGAGAUGCUU